AUGGCGCUCCGAGUCAAUAUCCCUCCUGCAACCCGUACCUGUCUCAUCAGCCUGCUCACUCUCUCCCUCCUGUACAAUAUUGCCCGAUGGCGGCAAAUUGAUGCCACGGGGGGCCACCCCUUGACCACUCCAGUUGUACCCUAUCUAACUCUCGUCCCAUCCGAGUUCUUUCACUACCCCUGGACAUUCCUUACCGCGAUUUUUGUGGAGCAGAAUAUCUUUACGGUUCUCUUGAACGGCGCCACCCUGUUCUAUGGGGGCAAGUACCUAGAGCGCGCUUGGGGUUCCCGAGAGUUUGCAAAAUUCAUUCUGGCCAUCGCGGUGAUCCCGAACGUAACGAUUGUGCCCCUUUAUCUUCUAGGAACUACCAUCAGGGGUGGUUCGACCAGCGGGUAUGCCUUGUUUUCCGAUACCGAAUGCACAACCUCCUGCGCCUUCCCUACUGACUCCCCAUCUCCAAGCGUAACCCAAAUAUGCGGUGGCAUAUCGAUCCAAGCCUCCUUCCUUGUGGCUUUCAAGCAACUUGUUCCCGAGCAUACUGUGACUAUAUUCAAAGGCCUAGUGAAGAUGCGGGUGAAGCAUUUCCCGGCGCUUUUCUUGCUGCUAAACACGAUCAGUGGUAUAAUAUUUGGAACACAUGUGGCGGCAACACUUUCCUGGCUCGGCCUGCUGGCAAGUUGGACCUACCUUCGAUUUUUUAAACGGCAGCCGGAUUUGACCGGCACAUCUACCGACGGUUUAGGCUUCAAGGGAGACGCAAGUGAGACGUUUGCAUUCGCGUGUCUCUUCCCAGACGCAAUCCAACCUCCGAUUUCGUUUGUUUCGGAGCAGUUUUACUCUUUGUUAGUCGCAUUGAAGAUCUGCACCCCAUUUUCAGAGGAAGAUAUUGCAUCAGGCAACCAACAAGUUCUUGCGAGAGGGGAGGCCGGCCUUCCCUCUCUGCUUAACAGCCAGAGAGGAGGAACGAGGGGGGCGGCUAAGCGUGAAGAGGCGGAGCGGAGACGGGCAUUAGCUCUCAAGGCUUUGGAUCAGAGACUUCAAGCUGCUGCUGCCGGAAGAGCGCAUUCCCCAUCUCCACAGAAUCUACAGGGAUCAGGCCAAACUCAGACUGCAACACCGACUGUAUCAGCAGGCCAGAGCAUGCUAGGCGAGACGAGCUAUACGCCAGAUCAUGCUUGA